CUUAGCAAGGAGAUCGAAAGCUUGGCCUAGAGAGAGAAGAAAAAAGAUCAAGAUGAGAACUGUGUUUGCUUUCAUUACCUUCUUAUCACUUCUUCUGGUUCUCUUUGGUGGCAGCGAUGUAGUUGCAAGAAAAGAGGCUGUUGGAGGAUCCUGGAAGAAAGCUAUAGAUAGCCAACCAAUGCCAGAAGCAAUUCAAGAUCGUAUUCAUCCACAAACAGGAAAAAGGGUUUAUUUUGUCAAGGAUUUCGAUCCGAAAUCACUAUCUGCAGGGUUUCAUAAUUAUUUAAAGCCCAACACCGCUGAAGAUCUCAUUCAUCCAGAAGCGAGGCCUAAAGCAGAGGAGAACUCGUCAAUUAGCAAAGCCAAGCCCUAAGCGUUAAUAAGGAUGCUAAGGAGCCAAAUAAUGCGUUCGUGUGUAAUGAAUAAGUGACGUACGUGCUGGUGUGUAAUGAAUAAAUAUUUCUUCUUUUUUCUUUUAGAAGGAGGAGGUUAUUAUUAAUUAUGUUUUGAUGCUCUCAUGUG